AUGCAGUUCAAAUUUUUGGUUUCUCUGAUUUUGGUGGUCCUCGCUUUGAGUGAAAGUGUCCUUGCCCUCCCAUUGGAGAAAAAAGCCGACAUCAACACAUUUGCGUCGGCAAUCAACAACGCUGGACGACUCCGUUACGGUAAACGAUCGGACCCAGCAGCGUGGGAAGACAACACUAAAAUCUUCCCAUCUGCUGAUCAAUACGUCUACUCCGAGGAAGGACGUUAUCCAUAUGCACUAAUCAAGCGUGCACUCAACACCGACUCUCUCGUCGCCUCUCUCAACGGAGCUGAACGAUUACGGUAG